AUGGGAAAAUUACCAGAGGGUAGUAGAGAGAUACACCAUAGUUCACCUUUCACACAGGGUGCCAGAUCAUUGGGUCGACCAUCACCAUCCCAUGCGGCGCCCAAGGACCCCUACGUGCUCUUCAAGUCGCAGCGCGUCACUGUGGGGCAGCGCCCUCCAGAGGGAAGGCAUCGAAAGGCAGCCGCCCAUGCGAGCCAGCCAACCUUUCCAGGUCCCUUCCUGGUGUCCUUCGGCGGCCCCAAAGAUGCGGAGCAGCUGUCGGUGGAACUGUGGAACCGCUCCAGCGAUGAGAGGCUGCAGCAGGUGAGUCUCGACUUCAGCGACGAAGCGGUUUUCGGUCGCCGGACCUUCAAAACGUCUGGAAAUGGAAGUGUCGCGCUGACCUGGCGCUUGAACCGAUCCACGGCGACCACUGGAGAGUCGAAACUGCAGAUCCACCGCCUUUCGGCAGACGCACGGGACUUGCCCUGGUACCUGCUGGUCACUGGUCAAUCCUUGGACACUCAAGAGAGGUGGGAUUGGAAUGCCGAAGAGACCCAGCAGACCACAGAGCGGGAGUUGUCUUAUGACCCUCAAGGCUACUUGGUGGAACUUUGGCAGCCGGAAAGCACAGGAGACGUCUUAUUGGCAGAGGGUUCCCUCUUCCCCACAGUGUCGUCGACACGCAGCACGGUGGUGGUCGAUCUCUCCAACGGUGGUCGCCUGGAGAUUCUUUACAGCGUCGAGAUUGGGGUAGGACCGGAGCCCAGCCCCCCAGUGGUUCGCAAGGAAGUCCGGCUGCUGGAGGAAGCAGAACAGCAGCGCUUCCUACGAGCACUGCAGAGACUCAUGGAGAACCAGGCCGUCCCCAUCGUUACCAGGGGACGGCCUGGUGUUCCCGAAAAGGACGGCGUGCAGAGCUCCAGCUUCUUUCGGCUGGCGGCCUAUCACGGCUGGCCGGAGGACUACUGCGUCCAUGGUCAAGAGACAUUUCCAGGGUGGCACCGUGCCUAUCUCCGAGACUUUGAACGAGCUCUGAUCGAGGCAGACAAGGCCUUAAACAACGACGGGGACCUGGGCGUUCCCUACUGGGACUGGACCAGACUGGAGCUCAACGGUCAGAUCCUGCCGAACAUCAUUCGCCAAAGCUUCGAGGAGCUGCCCAGUGGCCUAGUGGAUCCUGCGCAGGCGCUCUCCGCUGCCCGGACCGAGCAUGGUGGUGCCGGUCGUUUGGCUGCGCUGGGUUAUCAGCUGCCCACAGAGGAGCAACUGCGACAAAAUCUCGUAUCGCUGCAGGUGGUUCCACAAGCCGAGAGCUCGUUGACGGUGCCUGAGCAUUGGCUGCACGCCUCGACCCGCUUCAGUAUGAGAGGAUUUUCCGUUGAGUCCUCACAUAACGGCGUUCACGUGGCGCUGGGUUUUCCCAUGAACACGGUUCCGUACGCUGCAUUUCAUCCUAUCUUCUUCCUGCACCAUUCCAAUGUGGACCGCAUCUAUGAGAAACACGUGCAGAUGGAGACACCAGAAGAAUGUGCGCGGGAGUUCGCGGCGCGGCAGCGCAGUUUGGCGGAGCAGGGCGAGACGAAUCGAUUUCUGCAGCCCUUGGAGCCGUUCCAGUUGAACGACAGGCCGCUGAUGCCUGCCGAUACCUUUGACACUGCUCGCUUAGGCUACGUGUAUGACGAGCUACCACCAGAUCCCCCGCAGCUGAUGACCGAAGAGCCAAUUUUUGUGGCCUUUGAGAACAUCCAGGUCCUUGCAUUGAAGCAGAAGAGCUACAAGCUGCACGUCUUCCUCACCUCCGAGGGCGGUUGGUCCUACCCCAGCAGCCACGACUGGUCGAGCAUCGCUGGCUACGCGGGGGCGGGCGCCAUUUUCGGGGGCCGUGCGGAGGAGUGUGAAAACUGCCGAAAGAGGCCGCCCUUCACCGUGUUGGUGGAGGUUCGUGCAACUUUGGAGAAGUUGGGCCUCAGCCGACAUGAAGCGGAGGCCGAGUCUCCGAGACACGUACGCAGAAAGGUGGCGUUGAUGGGAUGA